GCUGGAGUGCAUAUUAUUGCAGACAUAACCAAUUUAACCGUAAACGCGCGUGUGCAUAUAAUAAAUUUUAUUAAAAAAUUUAGUCACAUAUAUAUAUAUGUUUCUAUUAAUGUUCAAAUGAACUUGCUUGAGAUAUGUUGACAACAAAAGUUUUUUUCAGAAAGACGAAAGGAGGAAAUAUAUUUAAGACUGUCAGAGAACACUAUCUCAGAGAUGAUAUUUACUGCGGGUUUAAAACAUGUAAAAAAUGUAAAGCAAGACUUCGAGACAUGGUAUUGGAUGAGGAGGGUGCCGGUGUGAAAUCUUCUUUAAUUUCACUUCCAUAUAUUCUUAUACUGGAUACAAAUAUAAUUCUGGAUCAAAUAGAUGUAUUGGAAGAAGAUGUUAUCACCAAUGUUAUUAUCCUGCAAACAGUAUUGGAAGAGAUUCGACAUAAAAGUUCCAAUGUAUAUAAAAAGUUGAAAAACAUCAUAAAAGAUCCAAAACGAAAAUUUUUUGUGUUUAUUAAUGAACAUCAUCGAGAGACUUAUAUUGAAAGAGAACCAGGUGAAAAGAUAAAUGAUCGUAAUGACAGAGCAAUACGAGUUGCAGUCAAAUGGUACAACAAUCAUUUGAGCUCUGAUGAUUACAAUGUAAAGGUUGUUUUGCUGACAGAUGAUGUGGAAAAUAGAACACGUGCAAUUGAAGAUGGCUUAUUUGUUCUAUCAAUGGAAGAUUAUAUUGCAUCAUUGGAAAAUUCAAGUUUACUAUUGGAUAAAUUAAGCAAACAUUCCUAUACUUUGGAUACUCAAAGCCGAGAGUUGUUUCCCUGCUAUUUAACACCUGUAGAAGUGCACAAUGGCAUAUCAUCUGGCAAACUGUUGCAAGGAACAUUUUUGGCAUCAAGGGAAAAUUUUCUUGAAGGAAAUGUAAAUGUUGAAGGAAGGGAGAAACCUAUAUUUGUGCAAGGCCGUACUAAUCUUAACAGGGCAGUCGAUGGCGAUAUAGUCGCGGUAGAAAUUCUACCAGACGAUCAAUGGUUAGCUCCUAGUGAAAUCGUUCUGCAAGAUGAAGAAAAUGCAGAUGAUGCUGAUGAUGCUUCAGAAGAUGAAAAAGUACUCGCUAAAGCGAGUUCACUGAAAACGAAAGAAAAAGUACCAACAGGUAAAAUCGUCGGUAUUAUUAGGCGGAAGUGGAGACAGUAUUGUGGAAUAUUGCAGCCGAGUCCGAUUAAAGGAAAUAUGAGACAUCUAUUUGUGCCAGCUGAGAGGAAAAUCCCCAAAAUAAGAAUCGAAACUCGACAAGCUGAAAUAUUGAGUAAGCAAAGAAUUAUUGUCGCACUCGAUUCAUGGCCACGAAACUCGAGAUAUCCACUUGGCCACUUUGUACGAGCGCUCGGCAAUAUAGGAGACAAAGAAACAGAGAAUGAGGUGUUACUCCUGGAACAUGAUGUUCCACACAGCCAUUUCUCCGAUGCUGUUCUUAGCUUUCUCCCAAAACUACCAUGGAUCAUUACAGAAACGGAUAUCGCACAAAGAGAAGAUCUUCGACAUUUGGAUAUCUGUUCUGUGGAUCCACCAGGCUGCACUGAUAUUGACGAUGCAUUACAUUGCAGGAGUUUACCAAAUGGUAAUUUUGAUGUUGGCGUGCAUAUCGCGGAUGUAUCACACUUUAUAAGACCCGGAACUGCAUUGGAUAAGGAAGCAGCAUCACGUGCUACCACUGUAUAUCUUGUCGAUAAACGAAUUGAUAUGGUCCCAGAAUUACUCAGCUCAAACCUUUGUUCCUUACGAGGUAAGGAAGAAAGAUUCGCGUUCUCUUGUAUAUGGGAGAUUGAUCCUGAUGCAAAUAUAAUCAAUACAAAAUUCUGCAAAUCUAUAAUUUGUUCGCGUCAAGCUAUGACGUAUGAAGAAGCUCAAUUAAAAAUUGAUGACGCCACCCAACAAGAUGUUAUCGCGCAAUCAUUAAGAAAAUUAAAUCAAUUAGCCAAACAGUUCAAGAAGAAACGUCUAGAAAAUGGUGCCUUAACUUUAGCAUCACCAGAGAUACGUUUCCAAGUAGACAGUGAAACUCACGAUCCCAUUGAAGUGGAAUCAAAGAAACUGAGAGAAACUAAUUCUAUGGUAGAAGAAUUUAUGUUGCUUGCAAACAUUAGUGUUGCUGAAAAAAUAUUGAAAGAAUUUCCAGAAUGUGCUAUGUUAAGAAGACAUCCUGAACCACCACAAAGUAAUUUUGAGCCAUUGAUUAAGGCUGCAAAAAAUCAGGGUUUCAUCAUUAAUACAAAUACUGGUAAAGAGUUGGCACGAUCACUAGAAGAAUGUAAAAUAGAAUCAAAUCCUUACUUUAAUACAAUGCUAAAAAUAUUAGCUACACGAUGUAUGUUGCAAGCAGUAUAUUUUAUCAGUGGAAUGCAUCAACCAGAAGACUUUAAGCAUUAUGGAUUGGCGUGUCCCAUUUAUACGCAUUUUACAUCUCCCAUUCGAAGAUAUGCGGAUAUAAUCGUGCAUCGAUUGUUAGCCAUAUGUAUAGGUGCCGAUGCGACGUAUCCAGAGUUAUUAGAUAAAAAGAACAAUCAUGUGCUGUGCCAAAAUCUAAAUUAUCGAAAUCGAAUGGCACAAUAUGCUGGUCGAGCCUCAGUCGCACUUCACACACAUCUAUUUUUCCGCGAUAAAAUUCAGGAUGAGGAAGGAUAUAUCCUUUUUGUACGAAAAAAUGCUUUGCAAGUUCUUAUACCAAAAUACGGUUUAGAAGGAACAUUAUAUCUAAGUAAUCCUGCUUCAUCAAAUUCUAUCACGUUUAUAUACAAUUCAGAAGAUCAAUCUCAAACUUGUGGAAAUGUCGUGUUUCGAGCAUUUGAUCGUAUUAUUGUGCAAAUGAGUUUAGACAGAUCUAAUGUCCAACAUGAAAAAUUAAUUUUUAAACUCGUAAAGCCAGAAAUUCCAGAUUUCAGUGUUCCUCCACUAAAUAAAGAAGCUGUCAAUGUCACCGAAGAAGAUUCUACGAAGGAAACAUUAAAACGGAAAGCGGAAGUUCAACAAGAAUCAAUUAAUGUUCAUAACAAAAAAGCCGGAAAAAAGAAAAAGAAAAAGAAGAAUUAA